AUGACGUCUUUCCAAGAUAGAGAAUUCCCUAAUGCAUUGAUUUUGUUUGAUGCUGACAAUUGUUUAACACUUCCUGAAAAGCCGGUCUGUGAGGAGCUAAAGAUGUUACUAUGUCAACUAAGAAUAAAAGUGGCCAUUGGAUUUGUGAGUGGUAGUGAUUUAAGUGUACAAGUUGAACAUUUGGGACCAACCAUUUUAAAAGAUUUUGAUUUUUGCUUCAGUGAGAAUGGGUUGGUUGCUUAUAAACUUGGUCAAUUGAUCUCUUCCCAAUCUUUUAUUAGUUGGAUCGGCGAUGAAAAUUAUAAUGAGUUGGUCAGUUUCAUUUUGAGUUAUUUAGCACAUCUAGAUCUUCCAAAGAGACGUGGAACCUUUAUUGAAUUUAGCAAUGGAAUGAUUAAGGUAUCACCAAUUGGCAAAAAUUCUACGAUAGAAGAAAGAAUUGAAUUUGAAAGACAUGAUAAAGAGUUUCUCAUAAGAGAAAGUUUUAUUAAAGCAUUGCAAGCAAAAUUUCAAAGUCUUGGUUUAUCCUAUUUAAUUAGUGGAUCAAUCUCAUUCGACAUCUUUCCCAGUGGUUGGGACAAAAGCUAUGCUUUAAGACAUCUUGAGAAUGAAGGGUUUGAUGAAGUUUAUUUCUUUGGUGAUAAGUGUAUUAAAUGUGAUAAUUCUUGGACUUUUGGUGAUUCAGGAAUCAUUCACUGCCCUGUCCAAGGGCCAGAAGAUACAUUUAUCAAACUACGAGACAUUUUCCAGGGCUUAUAA